AUGUGGUCAAACGGUUAUAAUCCAUACGGAAACUUUCAACAACAACAAGAUGCACAACCACAGAAUUGGUUCACUCAACAAACUGCUGGUGCAAUGACUAAUCCAUUUGGUAUGAACUACAUGAGUGGUGCGACGAAUCCAUUCGCUGGUCAAAUGUAUGGACAAUCAUAUCAACCAUAUAACAACUUAGGAGGUUUUCAAUAUAGAGGAUGGUAA